UAUCGUCAAAAUCGUUACAUAUUUAUGUCCUUAGAUCAUGUCACAUAUUUGAAAUGAAUUUAAAACUACUCAUAUAUAGGGCGAGAGUUAGAGGAGUCCCAGUAUAUUGUUGUUUCUUGUUGCUGCUAUAUAUAUUGUACAAGCAGAUUUUUCAUCCAAAGUUAAAGCACGCUGAUUGUGUUCCGCAACACCUACAGCAAUAUGUCAAAUUCAAUGAAAAGUUCAUGUGGGAACCUUGUGAACUGCAAAGCGCAGAGAUCAGCAAGCUAGCCAGCACCAUCGAACUGCUGAACUACGAGCGCACAGUGUUCCAGACGCAGAAGUACGGCAUGGUGACCAGCAAGACGAACAUGCUAGUGGUGCAGGUGCAUCGUGACGUGGAGCGGUUGCAGUACCUGAUCGUGUCGUUGGCGCAGGUGCGCGAUGUCGAAUCCAUUCUGCUUGUCUUCUCACACAGUUAUUAUGACGACAGAAUCAACAAACUCGUGUCCGGCAUCACGUUCUGUAGGUUCAUGCAGAUAUUUUAUCCUUAUUCGCUACAGCUGUAUCCGAACAAGUUUCCGGGCAUAGACCCCGAUGAUUGUGUGAGUACAGCCGGGAGGACGAAAAGGUUUUGCAGUAGUCGCGACGGUCGCCUCACAGAGCACAAGCAUCACUGGUGGUGGAAAGCUAAUUUCAUCUUCAACAAUCUCGACUGGUCCGAUACAUUCAAGGGCACCGUCGUAUUCUUACAAGAGGACGAUUACGUUUUGCCAGAUUUACUAUACAUGCUGCGGUAUAUGACGCGGUCGCAGGCUUACCUUCCAGGACUUCACCUUCUGUCCUUUGGAAGGCCGCGCGCAAAAGAUUUAGAUUUUGAUGUACUUUCAGUGUCCUCGUGGCAUCCUCCCUUUGACAAAGGCCUGGCGUUCAAUAAAAGCCUGUGGCAUAAGAUAAGUGCGGUUUCUUCAUAUUACUGCUUGUAUGACGAUCUCAGUUGGAGCUACUCGCUGCUCAACGCUUUUAGGAAGUUCAAUGAGGGACAUGUGGAUAUGGUGGCCACCCAGAUGCCGCGUGUAGUUUCCACCAGCACAUUCCCUAGCGGGCGCGCGGCCAUGCAACAAAUUGCAUUGUGGCUAGUUGGCGCCAGGAUGUUUCCUUCGAAUGUGAAGGCAGUAAUGUUGUAUAGUAGUACCGGCCGAGUGAACUCAGGUGUGAAGCCUCCUCCACGGGGCAACGGAGGCUGGGGUGACUUGCGGGAUCACCUGCUGUGCCUGGACCCUCUCAUGUCGACAACCACUAGCAACACAAACGACAUGAGUGCAACGACCUACUCGCAGACCACCACCAAAGCAGCCGACUACAUUACGGUCGCACAACACAAAAUGAACAUGUCGAUUGCUGACCUACGUAAUAUGAAUUUUAAGUAGCUGGACACUGCACAUUCACACUUAGCCUCGGAUAUAGUUACAGAACGGAGCUCCGGUGGGCAAAAGCCAAAUUCCGCGUGGUUUCACCCGCUCUGCUCGGCUCCUACUUA